AUGGCAUAUCUCGAAAGAUCAUCUCCAACGUUAAAAGAGACACUCCUCAAGAUUUAUCAUGCUGAAAAACCUUUUGAGAUCGAUCAACAUUUCUACGAGUUUGGUUCGAUUCAAUAUCACAUCAAGUGCUCGGUUUUGGAUCCAAAUAUUGCGUAUGUAUCGACAUCAACGUUGCUUGAGACACAAGGAACAGUGAUAUUGAAGGAGAUUUCAAAUCACACUUAUGAGGUGAUUGAGAAAAUUGCAGUUGGUGUGAUAGAUAUUGUUGAUCCACCAAGAUUAGGGUUUCAAUUGACCCUUAGGCUUCACCUUGAUAAUAUUCCCCGUGGCAAGGAAGCGAUUAAAAUCAUUACAAGGAUUUCUGAAAUACAAGCGCUAAUGUUAAGUAGCCAACUAAAAGAGAUGCUAAGAAAUUUGAAUUUUCAAGAUGAUUCACAAUUAGCGAACAGGCCCAUCAAGAUUGUUUAUCAUCCAAGUCAACCUUUCUACGUCUUUAAACAGCUGGAGAAAAUUACGGCAGUGUUUCCAAUGAAUUUUAAAGACAAUUCGGAUGUGGUCAUCGCUACAUCAUUCUUCCAGGAACUAGUGGAAGUGGGAAGCCAAAAGGAAAUGGGAAAGGCACCACAAUGUAAUUGGUCACCAAUUCCUCCUCUCCAACUUAGAGGAGAACCGGUCCAAGACUUGAUCACCAAUUCUGGUUUUGUCUCUUUUGAUAUUACUUCACGGCACGUUGAAGGAAGAAGACUUGACCAAACGGUUUGGAACUUAUUAAAUUUCUACGCAUACGUUAAAUACCAUAUUAAGUGUUCGAGAGGGUACGUACAGAGAAGAAUGAGAAAAAGAAUGGACAGUUUGGUUAAGCUGCUAAAUAACACAAGCCUAGAAGAAGAAGAAACUACUCAAAAGGAAAAUGGAAGAUGCAAAUACCUAAAGGAACUUGUGAAGGUACCAAAAGGCAAUUUAAUGAUGAAACAAAGAUGUAAGGAGAUGACAAGAAGAGUGAAGAUAAGCAAAUUCCGGAUCAAAAUCAACGGAUGUGCUCGAUUUCGAUUUCAUCAACGGUGGAAAUCUCUCCCUAAAUUCUUCUCAAACCCUUCAGAUAAAUCAUACACAAAAUUGGACUAG